AAUGUACAAAGAGAGCGUGAAAAAACGCGUGUAGAGACAAAAAACAAAUAAACAAUCAAAAAAGAGAGAAGAAAAAUAGUUACAGGACGCGCCAUGAUUGCAGACGCAGAAAGCAGCGAGUGAGCCAAGCGAGUUGAGUUUCGGUUCCUCUCCGAUCCAAUCCAUCCAUAAUUCAAUUUUCCCCCAAAUUUCAAAACCCUAGCUUUCUCACUCGCGCUUUUCCCCCACUCGCGGAUCCACUUCACAUUUUCGUACUCGCUCGCAGCUCGUGAUCCUUCCCCGCUUUUUAAGUGAGUGGCUGCAGUCAGACUACAGUUUAGAUUGUGGAAGGUGCUUAGAAUGGAAUGAUGGUAGUGCAGUGAGUGGAGGUAUGGGUGAUGCGGUCAAUGAAGAGGAUUGCAGGGGUAGUGCACUUGUUGCUUCUCCUAAGAGGGACAUAGCUUUCUUUGAAGGGGACAAAGAUUUUGAGCCACCCAAUGGGAUUGAAUUUGAAUCUCAUGAAGCAGCGUAUUCAUUUUAUCAAGAAUAUGCCAAAUCUAUGGGAUUCACCACUUCGAUUAAGAACAGCAGGCGCUCGAAGAAGACCAAAGAGUUUAUUGAUGCUAAAUUUGCGUGCUCUAGAUAUGGAGUAACGCCGGAGUCUGAUAGUAGUAGUAGUCGAAGACCGAGUGUGAAGAAGACAGAUUGCAAAGCUUGCAUGCAUGUGAAGAAAAAGCAAGAUGGAAAGUGGAUCAUUCAUGAAUUUAUAAAGGAUCACAAUCAUGAACUUUUACCAGCUUUGGCGUAUCAUUUUCGGAUUCAUAGAAAUGUGAAGCUAGCUGACAAGAAUAAUAUGGAUAUCUUGCAUGCCGUUAGCGAACGCACGAGAAAGAUGUUUGUUGAAAUGUCUAGACAAUCUGGUGGCUGUCAAAAUAUUGGGUCUCUUGCGAGUGAUAUGAAUUAUCAGUUUGACAGAGGCCAGUAUCUGGGUUUGGACGAGGGAGAUGCCCAAGUUAUGCUGGAGUAUUUCAAGCAUGUACAAAAGAAGAGCCCCGACUUCUUCUACUCUAUAGAUUUAAAUGAAGAACAACGUUUAAGAAAUCUAUUUUGGGUUGAUGCAAAAAGUAUUAAUGAUUAUCUCAGCUUUAAUGAUGCGGUUUCAUUUGAUACUAGCUACAUAAAGAGCAACGAUAAAUUGCCUUUUGCUCCUUUUGUUGGAGUGAAUCAUCAUUCUCAACCUAUGUUGCUUGGAUGUGCAUUGGUUGCAGACGAGACUAAGCCAACUUUUGUUUGGUUACUGAAGACAUGGCUUAGAGCGAUGGGAGGACAAGUUCCCAAAGUUAUAGUCACUGAUCAAGACAAAGCCUUGAAGGAAGCAAUUGAAGAAGUCUUCCCAAAUGCACAGCAUUGCUUUUCUCUUUGGCACAUAUUGGAAAAGAUACCUGAAAAUUUGUCUUUUGUGAUAAAACAGUAUAAGAACUUCUUGCCAAAGUUUAACAACUGCAUUUUUAAGUCUUGGACGGAUGAAGAGUUUGACAUGAGAUGGUGGGAAAUGGUGACUAUAUUUGAACUCCAUGAUAAUAUAUGGUUUCAUUCAUUGUAUGAAGACCGGAAAAAGUGGGUACCAACAUUCAUGGGGGGUGUCUUUUUAGCUGGACUGUCCACACCUCAACGUUCUGAGAGUAUGAAUUCUUUCUUUGACAAAUACAUUCAUAAGAAAAUCACCCUUAAAGAGUUCAUAAAACUAUAUGGGUUAAUUCUUCAAAAUAGGUAUGAGGAGGAAUCUGUUGCGGAUUUUGAUACAUUGCACAAACAGCCUGCACUUAAAUCUCCUUCACCUUGGGAAAAACAAAUGUCAACAAUUUACACACAUGCAAUAUUUAAGAAAUUCCAAGUUGAAGUGUUGGGUGUAGCUGGUUGUCAGUCUAGGAUAGAGGCUGGAGAUGAAACUGUUGCAAAAUUUAUAGUUCAAGAUUAUGAGAAGGAUGAAGAGUUUUUGGUAACAUGGAAUGAGUUGAGCUUAGAGGUCUCUUGCUUCUGUCGAUUGUUUGAAUAUAAAGGUUUCCUUUGCAGACACGCAUUGAGUGUUCUCCAACGUUGCGGUUGUUCGAGUGUUCCAGCUCAAUAUAUCAUAAAGAGGUGGACCAAAGAUGCCAAAAUUAGGGAACCAAUAGCAGAUAGUACAAGAAGGAUACAAACUAGGGUUCAACGCUAUAAUGAUUUGUGCAAACGAGCUAUUGAGUUGAGUGAAGAAGGAUCAUUAUCUGAAGAGAGUUACAAUGUUGCUCUCCGUGCACUUGUCGAUAGCCUGAAGAACUGUGUACUUGUAAAUAACGCUAACGACAAUGGUGCAGAAACCGGGAACAGUGGUUGUAGUCUUCGUGAAGCAGAAGAAAAUCAGGGUACCCUUGCUUUGAAACCAAGUAAGAAGAGGAACACAACUCGGAAAAGAAAGGUGCAACAAGAGCAGAAUCCUGUACUUGUCGACACUCAAGAUAGCCUGCAGCAAAUGGAUAAUCUUACCUCGGAUGCAAUGACCCUUAAUGGAUAUUACGGUACUCAGCAGAAUGUGCAAGGACUGCAGGUACAAUUGAACUUAAUGGAGCCGCCUCAUGAUGGUUACUAUGUUAAUCAACACAGCAUGCAAGGCCUGGGUCCAUUGAAUUCUAUGGCUCCAAGCCAUGAUGGGUUUUUCGGAACACAGCAAAGCAUUCAUGGGAUGGGAGGAGCACAGUUGGAAUAUCGUCCGACAACCACUUUUGGAUAUGGUCUUCAGGAUGAGCCUGAUCAACACUUCCACAGCAAUAAUACAAGAAAUACUUAGAAUUUGUCAUAUCUUUGAUUUGGUAGUUUCCACGGAAGCUAUGUGCGCGUGAUUGAAAAGAGCAUUAAAAGAACUUGGAAAUUCAUUAUCUUGACAGCAGUUCAUUUUCUUACUCAAUAUUUCUCAAAGUGGCUUCGUUGUUAUACCUAUAUGUAACAUUGAGAUUUACCUCAUGUCUUGGGAACCAUUGAACCUUCUUCUUGUUAUUAUACAUAGAAAUUGCUCAUUAUAGUCUAGGUUAGUCAUAAGAGCUGCAAAAUUCGGAAUGAACUAGGAGGGUGAGAUUGGUCUGAAUGCCUGUGUAGUAUGCAAAUAUAGAAGAUAUUCAGUUUCUCAAACAUGAGAUGGAGAAGUUUUUGAGUUCCUAUCAUUGGAACAGAUACAAACACACCAGAUUUCAUGGUGCUUUUACAAUAACUUCAUUGGACUGAUUUGCAUAAUCUGGAAUGGUGUGUGUAAGGUUUAUAGCGGAUGGAAUGGAAUAUUAGCCUUACAU